AUUGAAAAAAGGUGCUAAAUUAAUAUACACUUAGAACUGAUCUAUAGCCAUAGACUAGUUGCUAGCUGCAAGGGUAGCUGAGAUAGAACCAUAAUAACAGGAAAGCAUUGUUUAUAUAUAGUGCCUUUCUCUGAGGAACUCCAAGCACUUUAUGGAAAUCUCAUCAAUUCGUGGAGAAUUCCCUAUGAGGGUAGUCCAAUGGAUCCAAUGGUAAUGAAGAGACCUCAGUUGUAUGGAAUGGGCAAUAAUCCUCAUUCCCAGCCUCAGCAAAGCAGUCCAUACCCUGGGGGAUCAUAUGGUCCCCCUGGCCCACAGCGUUAUCCAAUUGGAAUCCAGGGACGGACCCCAGGUGCCAUGGGAGGAAUGCAAUAUCCACAACAACAGAUGCCACCUCAGUAUGGUCAGCAAGGUGUAAGUGGUUACUGCCAACAGGGCCAACAACCAUAUUACAACCAGCAACCACAGCCUCAACACUUACCACCCCAGGCACAAUAUUUGUCAACACAGUCCCAGCAGAGGUACCAAACACAGCAGGACAUGUCUCAGGAAGGCUAUGGAACUAGAUCGCAACCUCCUAUGGCACCAGGAAAGCCUAACCAUGAAGAUUUGAGCCUAAUACAGCAAGAAAGACCCUCAAGUUUACCAGUUGAAGUCUUGGCCUCGGAGGAUGCUGCCUUUGGACUCAAGGACUUAUCUGGCUCCAUUGAUGACUUGCCCACAGGAACAGAAGCAACUUUGAGUUCAGCAGUGAGUGCAUCAGGCUCCACUAGCAGUCAAGGGGAUCAGAGCAAUCCUGCACAGUCACCCUUCUCUCCUCAUGCUUCCCCCCAUCUUUCCAGUAUCCCAGGGGGCCCAUCACCUUCCCCUGUGGGCUCUCCUGUUGGGAGUAACCAGUCAAGAUCGGGCCCAAUUUCUCCUGCAAGUAUUCCAGGCAGUCAGAUGCCACCUCAGCCUCCUGGUACCCAAUCAGAAUCCAGUUCCCAUCCAGCCUUGAGCCAGUCACCAAUGCCACAGGAACGAGGUUUUAUGACAGGCACACAAAGGAACCCUCAGAUGUCUCAAUAUGGGCCUCAACAAACUGGACCAUCUAUGUCACCUCAUCCUUCCCCUGGAGGACAAAUACAUCCUGGAAUUGGUAGCUUUCAAAGUAACUCUAGUGGGGCUUAUGGUCCUCAGAUGAGCCAAUAUGGACCACAAGGUAACUACUCCAGACCUCCAACAUAUAGUGGGGUACCCAGUGCAAGCUACAGUGGCCCAGGGCCUGGCAUGGGUAUCAAUGCCAAUAACCAGAUGCAUGGACAAGGGCCAAGCCAGCCAUGUGGGACCAUGCCCCUGGGACGGAUGCCAUCAACUGGGAUGCAGAGCAGACCAUUUCCUGGAAACAUGAGCAGUAUGACACCCAAUUCUCCUGGCAUGGCUCAGCAAGGAGGGCCCGGAAUGGGCCCCCCAAUGCCAACUGUGAACCGUAAGGCACAGGAGGCCGCAGCUGCAGUGAUGCAAGCUGCUGCAAACUCAGCUCAAAGCAGGCCACCAUACAUUAGGUCGCCUGCUUAUCCCAGCCAGUCUGGGGCUGGCGGACGUCCCAUGUUUUCUUCCCAGCACCCCAACUAUGGCAACGCUCAGGCUCCCAUGAUGCACCAGCCUGACCAGUACGGGCAAGGCAGUUUUCCUGGCAUGAAUCAAAGUGGACUUAUGGGUUCCAGCUCUCCUUAUACCCAGCCCAUGAACAACAGUUCCAGCCUGAUGAAUCCUCAAGCUCCUCCCUACAGCAUGACCCCCAACAUGGUGAAUAGUUCAACAGCAUCUAUGGGUCUUGCAGAUAUGAUGUCACCUGGUGAGUCCAAAUUGCCCAUGCCUCUCAAAACAGAUGGUAAAGAAGAAGGCACUCCUCAGGCUGAGAGCAAGUCAAAGGAUAGCUACAGCUCUCAGGGUAUUUCUCAGCCCCCAACCCCAGGCAACCUGCCAGUCCCUUCCCCAAUGUCCCCAAGCUCUGCUAGCAUCUCCUCAUUUCAUGGAGAUGAAAGUGAUAGCAUUAGCAGCCCAGGCUGGCCAAAGACUCCAUCAAGCCCUAAAUCAAGUUCUUCUACAACCACUGGGGAGAAGAUCACAAGGGUGUAUGAGCUGGGGAAUGAACCAGAGCGCAAGCUAUGGGUGGACAGAUACCUGACUUUCAUGGAGGAGCGAGGCUCACCUGUGACCAGUCUGCCAGCAGUGGGCAAAAAGCCCCUGGACCUGUUCAGACUCUAUGUUUGCGUCAAAGAGAUUGGUGGUUUGGCACAGGUUAAUAAAAACAAAAAGUGGCGCGAGCUGGCCACCAACCUGAAUGUGGGCACUUCUAGCAGUGCAGCUAGCUCCCUGAAAAAGCAGUAUAUUCAGUACCUGUUUGCUUUUGAGUGCAAGAUUGAAAGAGGGGAGGAGCCCCCUCCAGAAGUCUUCAGCACUGGAGAUACUAAGAAACAAGCUAAGAUACAGCCGCCAUCUCCUGCAAAUUCAGGAUCCUUACAAGGUCCACAGACCCCCCAGUCAACUGGUAGUAACUCCAUGGCAGAAGUUCCAGGUGAUCUGAAGCCACCCACACCAGCUUCUACACCUCAUGGACAAAUGGCUCCAAUGCCUGGUGGCAGGAACAGUGCAGUCAGCGUGCAUGACCCCUUCUCAGAUGCGACUGAUUCCUCAUUCCCCAAACGGAACUCCAUGACACCAAAUGCACCAUACCAGCAGGGCAUGAACAUUCCAGACAUGAUGGGAAGGAUGCCCUAUGAACCUAACAAGGACCCCUUUGGUGGAAUGAGAAAAGUGUCUGGAAGCAGUGAACCCUUCAUGACACCAGGACAAAUGCCUAAUAGUGGGAUACAGGAUAUGUAUAACCAGGCCCCAGCUGGAGCAAUGUCCAACAUGGGAAUGGGCCAGCGACAGUUUCCCUAUGGGGCCAGUUAUGACAGAAGGCAUGAGCCUUAUGGGCAGCAGUAUCCUGGACAAGGACCUCCCUCAGGACAGCCACCAUAUGGAGGACACCAGCCUGGAAUAUAUCCACAGCAACCGAACUACAAACGUCACAUGGAUGGCAUGUAUGGGCCUCCAGCAAAACGCCAUGAGGGAGAUAUGUAUAACGUUCAGUAUGGCAGCCAGCAGCAAGAGAUGUAUAACCAGUACGGCAGCACAUACUCUGGACCAGACAGGAGGCCCAUCCAGGGACAGUAUCCCUAUCCUUACAACAGAGAGCGAAUGCAGGGCCCGGGUCAGAUGCAGCAACACGGAAUACCUCCCCAGAUGAUCGGAGGCCCCAUGCAGUCCUCCUCAGGCGAGGGCCCUCAGCAGAACAUGUGGCCCACCCGCAAUGAUAUGCCUUAUCCGUACCAGAAUAGGCAAGGUCCAGGAGGCCCUGCACAGGCUCCCCCUUAUCCAGGAAUGAACCGCACUGAUGAAAUGAUGGUACCUGAUCAGAGGAUAAACCACGAGAGCCAGUGGCCUUCUCACGUCAACCAACGGCAGCCUUACAUGUCUUCUUCAGCCUCCAUGCAGCCCAUCACUCGACCUCCCCAGUCAUCUUACCAGACGCCGCCAUCGAUGCCAAACCACAUCUCCAGGGCGCCCAGCCCAGCAUCCUUCCAGCGCUCCCUGGAGAACCGCAUGUCUCCAAGCAAAUCCCCCUUCUUGCCCUCCAUGAAGAUGCAGAAGGUCAUCCCCACGGUUCCAGCCUCCCAGGUUACGGGGCCACCGCCCCAGCCACCCCCCAUUCGACGAGAGAUCACUUUCCCUCCAGGGUCUGUAGAAGCAUCACAACCUGUUUUGAAACAAAGAAGAAAGAUUACCUCAAAAGACAUUGUAACUCCUGAGGCGUGGCGUGUGAUGAUGUCCCUUAAAUCGGGCCUUUUGGCUGAAAGUACAUGGGCUUUGGACACUAUUAAUAUUCUCCUCUAUGAUGACAGCACCGUGGCUACUUUCAAUCUCUCUCAGUUAUCUGGAUUUCUUGAGCUUUUAGUAGAGUACUUUAGAAAAUGCCUGAUUGACAUUUUUGGAAUUCUAAUGGAAUAUGAAGUGGGAGACCCCAGUCAAAAAGCACUUGAUCACAACACAAAUAAGAAAGAUGACAGUCUGACUUUGGCAGAUGACUCUGGGAAGGAAGAAGAAGCUGAAUGUAUUGAUUAUUAUGAUGAUGAAGAUGAAGAUGAAGAGGAGGAAGAUGAAGAAGACGAAAAGACAGGAGCAGAAGAUAAGAGCACGGUUCUUGCCUCUCCCAAUGCCAGUAUUGAUCUAAAAGAGAGGCCCAAGCAAGCAAGUAAAUUUGACAAACUGCCAAUAAAGAUAGUAAAGAAGAAUAAUCUGUUUGUGGUUGACCGGUCUGACAAACUAGGCCGUGUUCAGGAAUUCAACAGCGGGCUUCUCCACUGGCAGCUUGGGGGAGGCGACACAACUGAACAUAUCCAGACUCACUUUGAGAGCAAGAUGGAAAUUCCCCCUCGCCGGCGGAUCCCUCCUGCCCUCGGCUUCCUGGGAAAAAAGAAAGAUCUGGAAGGAAGAGGUGAAUUUGAGGACCAUCCAGAGAAAAGCAUAAUAGCAACCAUUGAUGAUGUCUUGUCGGCUCGGCCCGGAGCAUUGCCUGAAGACUCAAACCCUAGUAACCAGGUCGAAAGCAGUAAGUUUCCCUUUGGUAUCCAUGAAGCCAAAAGCCACCGGAAUAUUAAACUGCUGGAGGAUGAGCCAAGGAGCCGAGACGAGACUCCACUAUGCACCAUUGCCCACUGGCAGGACUCUCUGGCCAAGCGCUGUAUCUGUGUGUCAAAUAUUGUCCGUAGCUUGUCUUUUGUGCCUGGCAAUGAUGCCGAAAUGUCCAAACAUCCAGGCCUGGUGCUGAUCCUGGGGAAGCUGAUUCUCCUUCACCAUGAACAUCCAGAGAGAAAACGGGCGCCUCAGACCUAUGAGAAAGAGGAGGAGGAAGAUAAAGGGGUGACCUGUAGCAAGGAUGAGUGGUGGUGGGACUGCCUCGAGGUCUUAAGGGAUAACACAUUGGUCACAUUAGCCAACAUUUCUGGGCAGCUAGACUUGUCUGCUUACACGGAAAGCAUCUGCUUGCCAAUUUUGGAUGGCUUGCUACACUGGAUGGUGUGCCCAUCCGCAGAGGCACAGGAUCCCUUUCCCACGGUGGGACCCAACUCAGUGCUGUCGCCUCAAAGACUCGUACUGGAGACCCUGUGUAAGCUCAGCAUCCAGGACAAUAACGUGGACCUUAUCCUGGCCACCCCUCCAUUCAGCCGUCAGGAGAAACUCUACGCUACUUUAGUUAGGUACGUUGGAGACCGCAAAAACCCGGUCUGCCGAGAAAUGUCCAUGGCGCUCUUAUCGAACCUUGCCCAAGGGGAUGCGCUAGCAGCAAGGGCCAUAGCUGUGCAGAAGGGAAGCAUCGGAAACUUGAUAAGCUUCCUAGAGGACGGGGUCACGAUGGCCCAGUACCAGCAGAGCCAGCAUAACCUCAUGCACAUGCAACCUCCACCUCUGGAACCACCUAGCGUAGACAUGAUGUGCAGGGCGGCCAAGGCCUUGCUGGCCAUGGCCAGAGUGGACGAGAACCGCUCAGAGUUCCUUUUGCACGAAGGCCGUUUGCUGGAUAUCUCGAUAUCGACUGUCCUGAACUCUCUGGUUGCCUCUGUCAUCUGUGAUGUACUGUUUCAGAUUGGGCAGUUAUGACAUACGUGAGAAGCCAAGCAUGUGUGGGUGAAGAUUAGAGGGUCCCCUAUAACUGGCUGUUUUCUGUUUUUGUUUAUCCAGCAUAGAAAGAAGGAAAAGAAAAUCUUUGCUCCUCUGCCCCAUUCACUUUUUACCAAUUGGGAAUUAAAGAAAUUAAUUUGAACAGUUAUGAAAUUAAUAUUUGCUGUCUAUGUGUAUAAGUACAUCCUUUUAUUUUAUUUUUUUUAACCAAAGUUGCUGUCUAGUACAUUCAAGGGUCACUUUUUGUUUUCAUAGAGUUCCUUUUCAGUGUUUUUUUUUUUCCAUGUUUGUAUUGCAUAUUUUUUGGGAAGCAAAUUAGUGACUUGAAAAGUUGUGGCAAAAUGUUAUAUGACCGGAAAACUUCACCAUGUUGAAACAAAAAGGUGAAAGCAACAUACCAACUUCCUGUGUGUCUUAUUAUUUUUUUUUUCCAGAAGAGAAAAAAAAUACCCGUAUCCCAUCACCCAAACCUCUGUGCAAUAGACACUUCUAGUGAUGUAGGUAUAGGGAUCAAGGCAGUGUGUCAGUCAGUAGUCAAACUAUGAAAUGAUAUCAGUUUCUCCACAGGAGAAUGGUUACAUUAGGCUAGGGGCAAAACCAUUUUUUUUUUUAAAGUUAAGAUUGAAAACAUAUACCUGAUGACGAUCAACGUAAAUUGCUUCCUCACCACUACUGUCAUGUCUGCUAUCUAUUGUUUGACCUUCCACAAUGACAGUUCUUCACAAUUCCUUUAAUCAUUUUUUAAAUAUUUUUUUUACUGCCUAAGGGCCGUGAUGUAUAUAGAAGUUGUACAUUGAGCAUACCCUCAUUUUUUUCUUUUCAUUUUUUUUUUUAGUACAAAGUUUUUAGUUUUUUUUUUUUUUUUCAUGAUGUGGUAACUACAAAGUGAUGGUAGAUUUAAAUAAUUUUUUAUUUUUAUUUUAUAUAUUUUUUUCAUUAGGGCCAUAUCUCCAAAAAAACAAAAAACACAAAAACAAAAAAAACAAAAAACACACAAAAAAAACUUGAGGGUAAUGUACAAGUUUCUGUAUGUAUAAAGUCAUGCUCUAUUUCGGGAGAGCAGCCGAUCACAAUUGCUUCAUGAAUCAAGGUGUGGAAAUGGUUGCGUAUGGAUUGAUUUAGAAAAUGGUUAUCAGUACAGACAAAAAAAAAAAAAGAAAUAUACAGAAAAAAGGAAGAAACACAACUUCAAAGAUUUUUCAGUGAUGAGAAUCCGCAUUUGUAUUUCAAGAUAAUGUAGUUAAAAAAGAAAAAAGAAAAAAAAACUUGAUGUAAAUUCCUCCUUUUCCUCUGGCUUAAUGAAUAUCAUUUAUUCAGUAUAAAAUCUUUAUAUGUUCCACAUGUUAAGAAUAAAUGUACAUUAAAUCUUGUUAA